AUGGUGCGCUGGAUCUCGAACGCCGGCCUGGCUGGAAUCCCGCUCACGCUGCAGACAAUCCGCGACCACGUCGCGGUCAUCGCACGUGACUUGGGAAAGCCGCCCUCAUUCCGCUGUUCCGUGGGAUGGGUGCGCCGCACACUGCGCCGCAAUGGCAUCCGGUGCCAGAGCGCUGCUGGCGAAGCCGCGGAUCAGGACAUGGCGGCCGUGCGCACUUGCAAGGAGAAGCUCCCGCAGCUUCUCAUGCACCUCUGCGUCUCCCCGCGCGACGUCUACAACUUCGACGAGACCGCGUUGUUCCUCUCGGUGUUGCUGCGGAAGACAUACGGGCGUUCUCGUGUGGCUGGUCGCAAGAUUCCUAAGGAGAGACUCACCGUCGGCCUUCUCGUGAACGCGGACGGGAGCCAUGCAUUCCGCCCGCUCGUCAUCUCGAAGUCGAAGAGGCCCCAUGAUUUCCGCCCUGAUUUCGACCCCGACGCACUGUGCUACUGGAGGAACAACGCGAAGGGCUGGAUGACCGCCCCGCUCUUCACGCACUUCAUGGAGCAACUGAACGCGGCAAUGUUCGCCGAGGAACGUCACAUCGUCAUCCUCCUCGACAACGCCUCGAGCCGCGUGCUCAAGACCGAGGGAGCCGAGACCGAGGACUUGUUCGGCUUCCGCACUCGGUCGCUGAGCAACCUCAGGCUGGUGUUCCUUCCACCGAACACCACCUGCUUCGUUCAGCCGCUGGACCAGGGCCUCAUCGCCAUGAUGAAGGCCCGCUACAGGCAGCAUUGGCUCGAGGCCGUCGUCGCGAAAUGGGUAGAGGGCGGCGCCACGGCUAAUUUCGCGCGCUACAAGCCGAAUCUCCGCGACGUCCUGGCGUGGCUGCUGGACGAGUGGAUGAACAUCGGCCCGCGCACGAUUCAGAGGUGCUGGUGGCGGACGGAGUGCCUCCCUCUCGCGUGGGCCCUGUCUCUGUCCCACGUGGGUGCCGCGGGCCUCACCCCAGGUGGCCGUGGUGUUGCGCCGCUCGCCAUCGAUCUCGAUGGCGAGAUCGAUGACGUGGGCAUUCUCAUCGAUCGUCUUGGCCUCGGACCAAGCGCGAUGCCGGCCGCCGACUUUGUCGCAAUCGACAACGGGCAGCCGACGUGCGCGGAGCCGGGCGAGGACCCUUUGGCCGACGAGCCCGCGUCGGCGUAUUCGGCUGCGUCGUGGGAAGCGCCUACGAACAUGGAGGCUGUCUACAACGACGACAACCCCGCGUCCCGCGAGGCUCGUCGCUAUGCGCGCGCCGCAUGCUUGCUGAGAUUGGCCCGGGAGAGGACUGGGGAUGCGGACGCUCGGCUCUGCUGUCAAACGUCGCUCCGGACGCAUCCAGAGGCGCUAAGAAAAUAUCUGCUGGAGCGAGCUGAGGAUGAGUCGGACAUAGACGGGCUUGCAGAAGAGAGCGCUGUCCUGCGAAUCACGAACCACCACGUGGAUAUGGACCUAUCGGCAGACGACACAGAAACAGGCGACAGCGUGCGAGCAGUCGCAUGGUCCGACGAUAGCGGGUUACUCGUAGUCGAAGCAGACGAUGGGAGCGAGAUCAAAAGCAACGGUAGAGGGGGUGAACGUGCUGUGAACGGCAAUGCCCUAGGGAGAGAUAGCGGAAGGCAGAAAAUAGCGGCGAAGGAAGAGGAGGGAAUGGGGGGAGAGGAGGAGCUAGGGGUGGCUAGCGAACUCCCUAUACCGAUAUUAUCUUCCGCAGAAGAACCCAAACGGCCGUACGAGUUCAAGAUCCUCAAGGAGGAGCUGAAGUUCUCACGCUACCUGAAUGUCUUCAACCGAGUGGUCGAGCAUCCCCCCCAGCCUCUUCCCAACGGUCAAACCCUUCCAGCCAGCAUGACCCGACCAGCAUCGGACGAGCACCCGGUCGGCGGCGAUUGUCUGCUAGCGGAGGAGUUCGGGGUGAUAGAGGAGCGACCAGCGAACAGUAGCGGGCACUCGGGCGGGUGGAUAGGGUACGGGUUGGAGCCGGGGCAGGUGCAGGGCGGGCAGGGGGAGCAGCGGGCGGAGCUGUGGCCGCAGCAGGUGGUGGAAUACGAUGUGGUGGCGGCUAAGACCAAGUCGUGCCACUUUGUGUGCGUGCUGCCCUUCCAUUCAAAGACCCAGACUGUUACUUUACUGAAGGAAUACGCACAGGGAGCGAACGCGCUGGUGUACACAGUGCCGUGUGGGGGGUACACGGACAACCACACGUCCCUGGAGGACUGUGCUCGCAGAGAGCUGUCUGAAGAGGCGAAGCUGUGUGGAGGGCAGCUCAUCAAGCUCGUGGGGGACGACCACCCUGGUCUGCUUGAGGUCAAGUGGUGCAAGAACCGCUUCACUCCCUUCCUCGUCAUUGACCCUCAGGACGACUCCGACCCUCUCCCAAGGGAUCUAGAGGAGUUCAUAGAGGUGCACCGGGUGCCGGUGGGGGACCUGCAGGGCAUGGCGCUGAGUGGAGACAUGCUGCUGCCCUCCGUGGUCACCUGCACCAUGGCUCUGCAGUACCUCAAGGACAACGGCUGGCUGUAA